AUGAUGAAUGCUGAAGGUUUUUUCUUUUUCAAAUUUGAUUCUAAGGAGGGGAUGAUGAAAGUGCUUGAAGGAGGGCCAUGGUUGAUUAGGAAAAUGCCUCUUUUCUUGAAUGUUUGGUCGCCUUCGGUCAGUCUCAAGAAGGAGUGCAUUAAGUCAGUUCCGAUUUGGGUGAAAAUGCAUAAUGUUCCUAUUGCUAUUUACACGGAUGAUGGGCUGAGUUUAUUAGCGUCUAAGUUGGGUACCCCUAAACGGUUGGAUGGUUAUACGGCUGAUAUGUGUGUUGAUAACUGGGGGCGAAGUAGUUUUGCUCGUGCGUUAAUUGAGAUUAGUGCGGAUAAUGAGUUGAAAGAUUAUAUUACGGUUGCUAUUCCUAACCUUGUGGAGGAUGGGUAUGUUACUCAUAAGGUGAAGGUUGAAUAUGAAUGGAAACCUCAGAGGUGCUCGACUUGCUGUGUUUUUGGUCAUAGUGAUCAAUCCUGCCCAAAGAAUAUAGUUCCAAAAGCUAAGCAGGUUGUGAUUGAUGAUGAGGGUUUCGUAACUGAUGAGAGGAAAGUGGCUAGGAAGCGUGUUUUGCAAAAGAAACAGAGGGCAAAUUUUGUGUACAGGCCGAAAAUAGGUAACUCGGGUGCGAGCACUUCAGGUACUAAGGAUGAUAAGCCGGAUUCUACCGUGAAGGCCAAUGUAGAGACUAAAAACCCAUUUGAAGUUUUGUCUAAAUCGGAUGGGGGUGCUGAUAUCCCUCCUGGUAAUGUGAAGUCAACGGAGCCAAAAGUGGGUGAUCCUAGUAGCCCGUUUGACGACUAUGAGGAAGAAGUUGUUGAGGUUGUGCCAACGGAAAUGUCUAAUUUUAUGAGCAACAAAUCGCUUGGUAGCAAUGCUGAGGGGGCAAGCACUCCCGGUUUUAAGGGUUUACAUGGAUAG